CGCCCGCGGGGAGCGCAGGGGUCGCGGCCGCGGGACGGCACCAUGCGGAGCUUGCGCGGCGCUCCGCCGCCGCCGGCGCUGCUGCCGCCGCCGCUGCUGCUGCUGCUGCUGCUGCUGCUGCUGGCCGCGGGGCGCGGGGCCGUCAUCACCGGGGCCUGCGACCGAGACCAGCAGUGCGGAGGAGGGAUGUGCUGUGCGGUUAGCCUGUGGAUCCGCAGCCUGCGAAUGUGCACGCCGAUGGGAAAUUUGGGAGAAGAGUGCCAUCCUUUGAGUCACCGAGUUCCCUUCUCCGGGCGGCGGAUGCACCACACCUGCCCGUGUCUCCCCAGCCUGGCCUGCGUACGGACUUCUCCCAGCAAAUUCAAAUGUUUACCACACUUCAGGAAAGAAGAUGUCUUUUUUUAGCAGGAGCUACUCUGCGCUAGAAAGAGUCCCUCAAUGUAUUCUUUUUCCUGUUAUUGUGACAAACAAGGUACUUGCCAGGGGAAACCCUUUCCCAUACUUUCCUGCCUCACCAACAUUAAAACUGAAGGUGAGAUACUGUGCUGUAGUGGCCAAGGUUUUCAGGAGGGACUGGCGGGGGGCAGAUGCUUUCAUUUUGGCGUGAGCAAAAUGACACCUGCUCAAGCAACACUGCUUUCUGAGGGCAGGAACCUAACGAUUUCUGAACGAUCUCGUGGUCUUCAUGGUUCCAGCCUAACCCCGGAAUGAAAACGUCCAAGAUUAUUGUAAGUGUUGGAAAAUUUUGGCCACGUUUUUACACUUUGGAAUGCUUGAAUUGAACAGAGUUCAAUAAUUGCAUAGUGUGGAGCAUAUGAUGAUUGCCAAAAAAAAAAUGUAUUUAUGUUAUGUUUCUUAUCUUUAUUUUUAUUUGUAUUUGUAAGUUAGGCGCAUCUCUAGGGUAAAAGUUUAACAAAUAGAUGUAGUUUUUACACUUUUUAAAAGUGGCAGGUGGAACCAAAGCAUUUCAAUAUUCACAGCAUUAAAAGAUUUGGGGUUUUUUAGUGUUCUAAGAUGAGAAGAAGCUGUCGUUACUUGAGUUGGUGUAAAACUACCUGAUCAUCUCAAACUAUGUAUUAAGAUGUAGUUUAUAUUAAAAAAGGAACACUGAAGAUUAUUGUAAUGGGCUGCCUGACUUCUUGUAUAUGUAUCAAAUUUGCUGUGUAA